AUGAAUGGAGAGAUUUUAAGUUACUUGAUAAAUUACAAUAUUUUACCGAGUUUCAAGGUGUACACCAUCGUUGUGAAAGGAAACCAAUCAUUUGCAUUGAUACCGUUUGGAGAUCAUAUUGGACAAUUAUUUCUCAUCUCACUCCAAGCAGAAAAUGACUAUGGACUUAGUAAGCAAUCAAUUCCAAGAUAUAUACGAGCAGUUAAGAAUUCAAAACCACCAGCUAACAUAACAUUAAGUCAUCUUGGAAAUGUUAUACUAGUCACGUGGUCAACGCCGCCGGGGAAUCACCUACCAAUUACUUCUUACAAGCUCUGCUAUAAACCAUUACCACAUUAUUCGAAGAUUUGCAUCAUCGUUUUAGCUAAUCGUGGCAACCGUUUCAUAAUAAAUACACAAGGUCAUAAUGCAUGUUCAAAAUCGAUCAAAGUUAAUCCACGACAAAUCAUUAAUAUUACGUCACCUGGAUAUUCCAGGAAAUAUCCUCCCGGCCUGUCUUUCCUUAUCACCACAAAAGAACAGCAAUGUCUACCAUUCCUUCGUCUUUAUCGACCACUUCUGGAUAUCAAGUAG